AUCUCUAAACUCCUUGAACUCCUUUUCUUUUACUCAUAUGGGCGCCAAAGAAUCGCACCACUUUCUCCUCCGGUCAGCCAAUCCUGAACCAAGGCCGCACAGAGAGGAAAAUAAACAAUGGAGAAUCUCCUCGGCCCAGACCUGGCCUCCAAAAUCGGUCCCUGGAUCCUCCCUAAGCCGCUCGAGGCACCGCCGUCGCCCGAGUCCGUCUGCACCAGCGACCGGGCCUCGCCGACGGAGGAGACCAAACGGCGCAGGGCGGGUGGACCGAAGGCGCGUACCGGCUGUGCCACCUGCAAGACUCGCCAUGUAAAAUGCGACGAGCGCAAGCCCACAUGUUUCCGUUGUGAGAAGGUCGGAGUCGUCUGCGAGGGCUACGUGGACCGCAUCGACCGCCGGAGGAAACGGACAAACCAGAACGUGGUCCGCCGGAAUACGCCGCAGCUCAUCGCUCCUCGGUCCACUUCAGCCGACCCCACCGACGUCUGCAGCACCAGCAGAUCCGAGAUCAUCUUGUCACCUCAGAUUCCUAGAUCUCUUUCGAGCUUACCAAAGAUCUAUCACAAGGACGGCGUAUACUACGAUUACUUUCGACAUCAGGUUUCCACCAACCUGGCAGGUUACUACACUAGUCCCAACUGGUCCUAUCUAGUCGUCGGCGAAGGUCUGCAAGAUGAUUGUAUUCACCACUCGAUCCUAGCUGUUGGGGCGCUUAUUCGCUCCACCCCUCAGGAUGCGAGACCAAGCUCGCCUAGGAGGAAAGCGUUACCACCUGCCUCGGAUGGAUACGCUGUAACCGAACAUCGUGAGGUUGCGUUGCGACAUCAUGUCAAGGCAGUCAAGUCUCUCAGAGAACGUAUGGAGUUGAUCACAGCCUCAUCACCAACCACGGUAGUUGUCACAACCUUAUUACUUGUUGUGUACGAGCUGCUCCAGGGUGAACCAAGGACAGCCGAAAUGCUCCUCAACUCAUGCCUAGGAGCACUCAGGGACUCAAUCACAAUGUUCGAAAGCGAUCCUGAUGGUGAGGCAAAGUACCGUGACUCCGAAUUCGACGAUAUGGAGCAUGUGCUCCCUUGUAUAGCAGCAAUGAGCCAGCUGUCACAAUCACUUCAACCUCGCCGCCAUCACACUCACCCUUUCAAAAUCGAUCCUGGUUCUGAAGUUCAUAAUCCUCAACACGAGCCGAUCUCAAAGUUCUUCAUUUCAUGGGGCAGGUUCUUCACUUUUGCCGUCAGCUUCAUCGGCAACUCUACCGAUGUCACUGCAGAGGGCGUGUCUAUGGACAUGCUCCGUCACCUCACCAUUCACCAGCAAAACUUCCUCUCGCAACUACAACAAUGGAGAUCAGUUAUUCAAUACUAUGCCGAGAAUCCGAGGGUGGACAUCGCAACUAAGAAGGGCCUCCGGAUCGCCCAAAUCCACUGGCUUCUUCUCCACAUCACACUUACUUGCUGCCUGGACCCAACCGAGGUGGCUUACGAUGCAUUCGAGAACGAGUUCAGAGAUCUGACGAUGCUUUGCGUUGAAUUAUAUCGCGACUGUGUGUCACAACCCCGCCCAACGUCAGUUUUGCUGGGGCAGGGCCUCAUUUUACCGCUGUGCACUGUUGUGCGCGCCUGCAGAAAUCACGACAUCCGCAUAACGGCAUUGCAAGCACUGCAUGAGAUACCCCCGUCAAUGGUCGCCUGGGAUGUGGUGUCAAAUAUGGACGGAAUCUUGGGAGCCUUACUGCUUGAGGAGACUGGACGCGAUGCGGCAGGAUUCGUUCCUCCGGAAUCCAGAUGGUUUUGGUUGAAAGACGUGACUGUGCCAGAAACGGGGAGGAUCCAUAAGGUCUAUCAGAGGCUAGCGCUAGGGCAAGAUGGCAAGCCUGUUCUAACGAAGUUGCGACCGACGUCGAAUGUACGAUCGAAGAUCUGUAAGGCGAGUGGAUGUGACAAAGACCACUUGCUAGGACCGGUGGUUGUGGAAGACUCAUGAAAUAUGACAGCGUCAUGGCCUCUGUAUAUCACGUAAUGAGAAAGGGGAAACGUGCCAAACCUGAUAUCUCAUGUCAACGUAAAGAAAAGUGAUAUUCCCGACAACAGAACCUCGGUCUGUAUAAGUAGAGAGAAUUUGAAAUUCGUAAAUACCAGCCAG